GGCAGGUUGGAGGGGCGAGGCCUGGCCGCGGUAGUUCGUCUGUGGAAUCUCGGGCAGUAGAGGCGCGGGGAGGCGGAGAAGAGGUAGGCGAGAGCCAUGGCGUCACUGGUGGCGGCGGCGGCAGUGCGGGCCCGGAUCCUGCAGGCUUCUUCCAAGGUGAACUCCACUUGGUAUCCAGCAUCCUCCUUCUCUUCUUCAGUGCCAUCUGUGAAGCUCUUCAUUGAUGGGAAAUUUGUUGAAUCCAAAAGUGACAAAUGGACUGAUAUCCACAACCCAGCCACCAAUGAGGUUAUUGGUCGGGUCCCUGAGGCCACCAAGGCUGAAAUGGAUGCGGCUGUUGCUUCCUGCAAACGUGCUUUUCCUGCAUGGGCAGACACGUCAGUAUUAAGCCGUCAGCAGGUCCUGCUCCGCUAUCAACAGCUUAUUAAAGAAAAUUUGAAAGAAAUUGCCAGGGUAAUCACGCUGGAACAAGGGAAGACCCUAGCUGAUGCCGAAGGAGAUGUAUUUCGAGGCCUUCAGGUGGUUGAACACGCCUGCAGUGUGACAUCCCUGAUUCUGGGAGAGACCAUGCCAUCCAUCACCAAAGACAUGGACCUUUAUUCCUACCGUCUGCCUCUGGGGGUGUGUGCAGGAAUUGCUCCAUUCAAUUUUCCUGCCAUGAUCCCCCUGUGGAUGUUUCCCAUGGCCAUGGUGUGUGGAAAUACCUUCCUAAUGAAACCAUCAGAGCGAGUUCCUGGAGCAACUAUGCUUCUUGCCAAGUUGCUCCAGGACUCUGGUGCCCCUGAUGGAACACUGAAUGUCAUACACGGACAACGUGAAGCUGUAAACUUUAUUUGUGAUCAUCCGGAUAUCAAAGCAAUCAGCUUUGUGGGAUCCAACCAGGCAGGAGAGUACAUCUUCGAGAGAGGGUCAAGACAUGGCAAGAGAGUUCAAGCAAAUAUGGGAGCCAAGAACCAUGGGGUAGUCAUGCCAGAUGCCAAUAAGGAGAAUACCCUGAAUCAGCUGGUUGGGGCAGCAUUUGGAGCUGCUGGUCAGCGCUGCAUGGCUCUUUCAACAGCGAUCCUUGUGGGAGAAGCUAAGAAGUGGCUGCCAGAGCUGGUGGAGCGUGCCAAAAAUCUGAGAGUCAAUGCAGGAGACCAGCCUGGAGCUGAUCUUGGCCCUCUGAUCACUCCCCAGGCCAAAGAGCGAGUCUGUAAUCUGAUUGAUAGUGGAACAAAGGAGGGAGCUUCCAUCCUUCUUGAUGGUCGAAAAAUUAAAGUCAAAGGCUAUGAAAAUGGCAACUUUGUUGGACCAACCAUCAUCUCAAAUGUCAAGCCAAAUAUGACCUGUUACAAAGAGGAGAUUUUUGGUCCAGUUCUUGUGGUUCUGGAGACAGACACUUUGGAUGAAGCUAUCAAGAUUGUAAAUGACAACCCAUAUGGAAAUGGAACUGCCAUCUUCACCACCAAUGGAGCCACUGCUCGGAAAUAUUCCCACCUGGUGGAUGUCGGACAGGUGGGUGUGAAUGUCCCCAUUCCAGUGCCUUUACCAAUGUUCUCAUUCAGUGGCUCUCGAUCUUCCUUCAGGGGAGACACCAAUUUCUAUGGCAAACAGGGCAUCCAAUUCUACACUCAGCUAAAGACCAUCACUUCUCAGUGGAAAGAAGAAGAUGCUACUCUUUCCUCACCUGCUGUAGUCAUGCCUACCAUGGGCCGUUAGAAACAAGUUUGUUCCAAACUCAGUCCAUCCUAACUAAUCUCCCUUUAUUCUUGACCAACUUCAUUUGCUUUGUAUGAAACUUUGUUCAGAUUAGAUCCCCGGGAAUGGAAUACCUGUAACUAAAAUCUUUCUCAGGACCAUUAGCCUCUGCAAAGUUCCUAUAGGGAGACUCCUAGUGUAACUCUGAAAGCAGAUUUUCACUUGCUCUUCAUACGUCUACUUUUGAGAUAACUGUUGUAACUGUGAAGUGCUUAUCUCGAAUGAAAGCUUAGACCCAUUUUCUAAAAAUUCUCCCCUUUUCUGAUGACUUGAAGGAAGGGAAGAUUAGUGUAUGUAAAGAUGAUCUUCUGGGGGCUGGCCCCGUGGCCGAGUGGUUAAGUUCAUGGACUCUACUUCGGUGGCCCAGGAUUUUGCCAGUUCGAAUCCUGGGCGUGGACAUGGCACCUCUCAUCAAGCCAUGCUGAGGUGGCAUCCCACAUGCCACAACUAGAAGGACUCACAACUGAAAUACACAACUAUGUACCAGGGGCUUUGGGAGAAAAAGGAAAAAUUAAAUCUUAAAAAAAAAAAAGAUUAUCUUCCAAUAAUUGGAAGAUGACCUCUCAGAUGGGGAAAUCAGACAGAAAUAAUCCACCCUUUGGUUGAUCCUCAGUCAGAGCCCUUAUGUAAAUGCUGGUAGGGGAGACCCCUUUGUCAGGCUUUCCUGAGCCUCUCAUUUAUCCCACACUACACAAGAUAUAAUCCAUUUCUACUUAUCCCACAAUUGUGACAACUGCUUCUUUCUUUUCUGCUGAAUACUACUUUGUUCUAGUGAUUCAUGACCACUAACUCUAUCAUUGUCAUUGUUCCUGCUUCUUAAAAUCACUUCUCAAGGAUACCUCAGUAUGCACUGGAUAAAUCAUCUUUUUGUUGCGUGUGCCAAGUGUUAAAUUUCAGGGUUUGCUUCAGCAAUCAUUAAUUAAUGCUUCAGUCAGUACUUCAGAUGCCAAUAGGUUUUCCUUAGAAAACCAUUUCAAAAGUUAUUUUAGGCCCAGAAAUCAAGGGAUUGUUCUAACUAUGAAAGUGGGGAAGACUCUUGCCUUAAGCAAGUCCCACCUGAUACUACUUGCCAAACUUUUUAUUUUGUUCUUUCCUCUUGCCUGCAUUUCUCACUAGUGAUAUGUUUUAAUGAAAGAACCCUUAGUGUAAAGUAACUGGCUGGGGCCUAAGAAAUUUGAAAGCUUUGCAUGACAUAAAAUAGUAAAAAAAGAGAGGCUUUGACAGAUUCUUCUGCUACCAUUAAUUCAACUGUCUUUAUGCUUUUUGUCUCUUUGAUAUAGCUAAAUUUUAAGUCAGAACAGAAAUUGACGUGCAGAAUAGAUUCUGUCUUUUUGCUCUGCCAUCCCAAUUGAAUCCUGUCUUUUUGAUAUGGUUUUCACCCAGCAAACUGGCUCUGAUCGAGCAAUCUCUGGUCUUCAGCCAGAUGACAUAGGUCAUUUAUUUUUCUACUUCCUUGUUAAUCACGUGGAUAAUGUUAACCUACUUCACGGGGGUUAUUCGGUGAAUUAAAGAUAGUGAAAACCUUGAAAAUGUUUGUGCCUCUGGAUUUUAGGCUUAUUACUACCACCUGCUGGAUAGAAUGUCAAAAUCUUCAAUCACUUAAGGUGACUAGAUCUGUAAUAAAAUACAUUUAAGACCCCUCAGGGUCUUUUCUCGGGGAGGGGGAUUUGCCUUCCUAAAGCUGAGGCAAUAGAAAUUUAUAAUUUGAUGAUAGAAUGCCCCUUGAUUUAUAUCACAGCUGGCAACUGGUAGUGAUAUUUAAUCCAAUCCAACAACUACAGGCUGGGUUGAAUAAAAGGUCAUAUUGUCUAAAUUCCAAGUGGAAUUAAA